AUGAGCAAUGAUUUGAGUCCAUGGGAGAACACGACUGAAGGGGUGACGACGGUUCCUGGUGAGGUGACAUCUCAGGAUGGGUAUGUGCUGCUUCUGGUGCUACUUUCCAUCUUUAUUGGGGGCACCCUGGUGCUUCUCUUUGGUGUCCUGAUCAUCUGCCGGCGCUGCUGUGAGACUGAUCAUCGGCACUCCAGAGCCAAUGAUGAUCCAGAGAAAACAAACACUACCUACCUGGAUGACUUGCAGCCAGCCCAAGAGAUCACCAUUAAGGUAGAGGACCCCGACUGCAUGUCGAGCUCCAGCUACCACGAUGCGGAGAGUGAGCGGUUCCUGUCCUCUGGAAGUGCCACUGGGCGGCGGGUCUCCUUCAACGAGGCUGCGCUUUUUGAACAGAGCAAGAAGACCCAGGAGAAGGGGAGGAGGUACACAUUGACCGAGGGGGAUUUCCACCACCUCAAGAAUGCCCGCCUCAGCCAUCUCCCCCUACCCCCUUCGGCUGCCCUCAAAAUAGUCACGAUCCACGAGUGCGAAUCCAACGAGAAUAGCAUCGCUAUGACUCCUCGCCGUCCCCCCACCAAGCCCAGCCUCGCCAUCUUCCAGCCGAGAGGGGGCGCUCUGCCUCAAACAGCUCUGACCGGCCAUGCCACGUGUCCUAGUUCAGCACUACCAGGGGACACCCACAACUCCACCGUGGAGGCCAGUCCAUCCAUUUCCUCGGAUUCUGGGGAGGGGGCUUCGUCUGACAGAGCGGCCAAGAGUCCGAAGGGAACUGGGGCAGGCAGUGCUGCACCCAAGGAACCUGCUUCCGUCCCUGCCCAGGGCACGGUCCUACAUUUCUUCACUCGCUUGCGGCGCCAUGCCAGCCUGGAGGGUGCAAGCCCUUAUUUCAGAAUCAAGAAGUGGAAGCUGGAAACCAGCCAGAGGGCCUCGAGCCUGGAUACGCGAGGGUCCCCCAAACGCCACCAGUUCCAGCGGCAGAGGGCAGCGAGUGAAAGUAUGGACCAAGAAGACCGUGACCCUCACCAGACGGACAUCAUCCAGUACAUCGCCCGGACUGAUGAUGUGGCAUUUCGACCCAUGGCUGGGCCAUUCUUGCCGGCCCCGGCCAGCCCUACCCUCUCUCUCGGCAGGUUAGAACCAUCAGAAUCACGUAGCCCUUCCUCUCCCGAGCCCCCAGCAUUGGAACAGCAGCCCACCCCCCUUUAUCAUGAUAUCUGGAGCCUCCGGGCAUCGCUAGAGAUGUAUGCUUCAUCUGAGCAGGGGAACGACCAGGACUCUGUACGCAGCGAUGGGGGGGACAGUGUCUCCUCUUCAGGAGGCGGCCUGCCUAGCUUCCCUUCCUCCCUGGCAGAUGAUGCUGAAGGGGCAGAUGACAAGCCAUGGGGGAAGCCCAAGCAGGACAGUGUGGAGUCAGAGGCUGGGACACGCAAACUGUUGCAGAUGGACAGUGGCUAUGCUUCCAUUGAAGCCCCCAAUAAUGCCCAUGCGGCUGAGGAUCAGACUGCCUCAGAGAAACGUCACUGCUUCACCAGUGCUGGACGCAAAGCCACUAUCUUUGAGAGCUUUGAAGGACAAGAACUAGAAGAGGAGGAAAGAGGGGCAGCUGGUGGUUUGCCCCCCCACAGUCCUCUAGUAUGGGCCCCCUACGGGCAGAUGUUCCCCACACGGGAAUCUUUGCCCCGCAGGGAUUAUAGUAUAGAUGAAAAGACCGACGCGCUCUUCAACGCAUUUGUUCGUCAUGACCCACAGUUCGAUGAGUCACCCCUGCGUGCAAAGCACCGUUCCCGGACCCACCUGCGCAAGCAGUGGCAGCGAACCAAGCAGUAUAGCGAUCCUGGUGUCCGUUACCCUCCUGCUCUGGAGAGGCACCGUACCCCACUCCGCCGUGGCGACAGUGUCAACUACCCCCUGGAGGGGCGAUACCACAGCACCCUGCCCCGCAUUAUCAGCGCUGGUGACGAGGAGGUCACGUCCCCAGCUGCAGAAGCCAGUGACAAAAUCCAGGUGAUCGAGGAAGAGCCACCAGAGGAGAUCAAGAUGACGCCUGACCCUUACGGUGAUUGCCUGGGAGGAGGCGAAUGCCCAGGAAUAGGCAACCUUGGGACUGAACUCAUGGACAAGAUUGCAGGGGGGCUGGAGGACAGGCUUUACGGGCACCUGAAAAAACAGAGAGAGAGUCCAGAGUGUGUGGUGGUUGUGGCAGAUGCCUCCCCUGACCAUAGCCCGGAGUAGGUGAGGCAUGGCUGCACAGCUCACAACGGGCAUGGUGGCCAUCUCUCUCUGCUUUGGUCUGGCGAUGCCAGUGUGGAACUUGCCACUCAGCCGGGGCGCAGGGCAUGCCAAGGGGGCGAGUAUAGGGGGCUACCACAGCUCUGUACCAUCAGACAGGAACCAUGUGGAGGUUUCCACCAUGUUCCAGGUAGCUUGUAUCUGAUAAGGAUACACCUCAUGUGGUUGAAGGUUUAGGCCAGCAGGCCAUCUUGCUGGAAGUCCCCAGUGCUGUCCACCAACAAUGGUCCCCUCCAGGGGGGAGGCCCUGGCUCCGCAGACUCCUCGUACAAGCAGCCAGCAUCUCCUUGGAGCACUGGGAGAUCAGGCCAGGUUUACCUUCCGCACGUGAAGAUUCGAGGAGGGCAGGAACUUGCUCCAAGGGGCUGAGGCCUCUGCUCCCUUCUUGCUAGCGCCCGAGAGGGGGGUCCUCAGCCCUACUGGUUCCUUCCUCUGCGGUGGGUUUGCCAAAGCAGGCGCGUAUGUUGCACAGCCGGGAAGUUAAGUUUUAAGGGACUUUUCCUUACUAAUAAUAAAGACCCCGAAAAACCUAGCAGAGGCCCCAAUGUUUACCUCACAAUGUAAAAGCUGGUUGUAGCAGAUACUAAGAUCCCUUUACCCUCGCACUCUCUCUCUCUCUCUCUCUCUCUCUCUCUGGUUUUUUGCAAGCAAUAACCAUGCCUUUGCUGCCCUUUGGUUGGCUGUCCUUGUGUGUCUGUGGGGGUAGGAGACCGUGGCAGUGCCCUUUCCAGCUGGGACAAACUAAAAACAUCCCCACCCUUAUCAAGCCCAGUUCUAGAAUGCAUUUUCAUUUCACUCAACUUCGGGCCCAGCUGCAGCCAAUGCGUUCCUUCCAGGCCAGUCUCUGGUUUUUCUGGAGCUGAAUGUGGACUUGCUCCAUCGUGGCACAGGCUUUUCGGGAGAGGGAUGACUAGAUGCUGGCAACGGGGGAUGCCACGAAACGAAAUGGCGGCUCGCUGCCUGUGUCG